AUGCUUUUUGCUGUAAAAGAGAACAGAUUUGUUGCUGAAAAUAAGGAAAAAGAGGAAGAAUGGCCAGAAUAUAUAGCAUAAAACUUCGAAUAGCAAGAAAAAGAUAAAGGAAAGCUUCCAGAAAACAAUUAAACUAUUAAAGAACAUUCAAGUAAUGCUGGAGAUGAUAAACAAAAAGAAUUUGGUCCAAAAGAUCAAUCAAACUAAGAAUUAAAGGAAUUUAAUUUGCCAGAAAUCAAUAAAAAGAAAGGAAUUCUUUAGCCUCCAUUAGAUUCUAUUGAGGAAAUUGUUCAACCUUAAAAUGAAGAUUCAAUGUUAAAGGAGGAAUAAAGACAAUUAUAAUCUAAAGAAGAUAAAAAAUAAACUGAUCAUAAAAGUGAGGAAGAAAAUGAGAAAUCAGGCCCAAAGUCAUCUUCAAAGGAAAAUGGAUUUCUUAAUAUGAACAAAAAAUUACAUGAUAGUUAACCAAUUAUUGAGGAAGAUAUGAAUGAAGAUGGGGAAUAUUAUGAUGAAGAUGGAUAAGAUUAAAUUGCUAAAGUAAUUGAUAAGAGAGCUUUAAGUAGACAUCACGAAUAUUUAAGAUAUUUACAUUUUAGCUAUUGA